AUGGCAGUUGGGACGGCGGGCGAUCAAGUGUUUGCAGAAGUAUUUUGCUGCCAAGCAGGAUCUACGCAGGAGACUUGCCUGACUCUCACCUCGAAGAAGGCCGAAGCUGUCGUGGGGCGCGACAAGGCCUGUGACUACCAGGUGGGCAUCAGCAAGGUCUCCAAGCAUCACCUGCAACUCCGUUGGUUAGACUCCGCCGGCCUGCACCUCUUCGUACCUGGCAACUCCGGGUGUUACGUGAACCAUGAGUACCUGGUCAAGGACUCGCAGCGGACCUUGCAGGAUGGGGAUCGCGUGCACAUCGCGAAGCGGCAAGGCAAGAGUGCCGGAAAGGAUCCGCACUGCAGUCUUCGUGUCCACUUGCCUUCGACGACGACGCAGGAGCCGGCCGAACCCUCCCAGAUCGACAGACCUGGUGGUCUGGUGGCAGAGGGCGCAAGCCCGACAAAUCGCCCUCACCCACCUCAAACGCUCUCUCGACCGGGCCACAUCCAGCCGGACGCUGAAGUGAAGCCUUCCCUGAGCCCAGAUGCAGCCCCGAGCGAUUGUAGCCACGAGGGGUCCAAGUCCAAGUCAGACAAGCUUGCCAGUGAGGCGCAACAGGAGCUUCAGAGGACCUACGCUGAGAUCCGCCAAGUGGAGGAUGAGAUCAGGAGGUGCCCUCAAGAGGAGUCCCCUCGACGAGCCUUUCCAAGCGUGGAUGGGCCGUGGCCAAAGGCCAAGGCAAUGCCCAAGCGGGCAGCCGCGAAGGAGCCUGCUGCUCCGGUGCCAUCACUGAUGCGACCCUCAGGGAGUCAGCUGCCGGCUCCGUCAACUCCACCGCAGGGCCAGCCUGUGCCUACCACACCACUAGGUUUGGCCCCCGAGUGCCCGCCACCCGGGCACGUGAUCGCGACGCCUCUGAAACGAGGUAGAGCGCCCGGCGAUAUGCUGUCGCCUUCAAGACUGCCGGAGGACGAGCCCAUGACGCCCAGCAAGCCACGACGCCAGGCGCCUCGGAUCACGCCAGCCAAAGCGGGCUUUCCAGCCAGCAUGGCCGACACGUCGAAGAUCUUGCAGCCAGGAAGACAAGACUUUCGAAAAGCCUCUUGCACCUUCACAGUCCCUUUGCCGCCGCCCGGCCCACCGCCCGACUUCGCGCCCGGCGCUGCGCCAGUCCCCUUGCCGCCGCCCGGCCCACCGCCCGGCUUCGCGCCUGCCGCUGCGCAAGGUAUUCCACACCCCGUCGACCCGCCCAAGACCGUCAAGACAGAGCCGAACGACUGGGAUCAGUGGCAUGGACAAAAUGAAGAUCCGUGGUCCGAGUGGAACGAUGCGCAAGGCAAUGACCAGAGCUGGGACUGGGGCGCUGAGCAAAAGCCAGCCGAGCCGGCCGCGCAAACCCUGGAGUUUCAAGCGCUGGGAUUGAAGCCUCCCCCGAAGGUUCCAACCAUGCCAGUGGUCGGCCAGCCGUGCCCACCGGAAGUUCUCGGCCGCCCUGGGCCCAGCCGCAACCGCUGCGCAUCUCGAGGCCGAAGCAGAACCCCUGCCAGGGGCCGCAGCCCAAGCCGUGGCCGGAGCAUGGGCAGAUCGGUUGCCCGGGAGCCCUCAGACCAUCCAGCUGCAGGCUUUGUCGCGAAAGACGUGCCCACGGAGGUGCUUUGGCAGACAAUCUGUGAAUUCAUGCAGUGGGGCUGCAACGUCCUCAACCUGGAUCCCUCGGCCGCUGCCGCAGUGCAUGAAAUGACCCCGAUGCAGGCGGUGGACGCACUCCGGCUAGCCACUCAUGAUGAGAAUCCCGGCCAGUUCAUCCUCAACUUCAGUUCCCAGCACUGUGGUGAUCGGUCCCUGGACGAAGGCGCUCGGGAGCUCAUGAGGAAGCUGCCAGUGGAGGAGGCGAUGCAGCUUUUGAAGAAGCUUCCGGGCACGAAGAAUCCAAGUGCCUUCGUCAUCGGCUACGUGCUCCGCUAUCGAAGGGAGGAGCGGACCAAGACAGCAAACUGGCGGAGUUGGUAA